CACUCCAAGGUCUCUCUCAGUCCACUCCUCACCACUGUGUUAGUAAGGGUGUUGCGUCUCUCCACUCCCUCCAGUGUUGUACUGAGUGACGCACCUGUGCUAUCCGGCAGAAAACUCAAAGUCAAACUACCACUGAGGAGGAAAUACUGAAAACACUAGAAAACCUGACACACCAUCAACCGGAGUAGUUGGCGCAGAAAAUAGCGAGCAACUAGCAGCCACCAGCAACCAACACCUACUAGCAACUAGCACCUACCAGCAAGCAGUCACAGUUACAGUGGUUGUGUCCAACAUGCAUGGCGGGUGGUUGCGGGGGGUGGAGGUGGUGGUCGGACUGCUGCUGCUGCUGCACUUCUCAGCAGCUGCAACACCAGAAACACUGGAUGCUCAGGAUCUAGAGAAGGAAGCGCUGGGGCUGCUGACGCCUCUCAUGGGUAACGUGGACGUGGCACUACGUAAACUCAUCGACAACAGCAAGGUUGGCAUGGGUGUCACCACCUUCAUCAACAUCGUUGCUAAACGGGUGUUCAACCUAUCUCCGAAUAAUGACAACUUCGGCUCGUCCAUUCCCGCGGCUGACAGGAAGUUGCUGGCAUUGUUUGAAGUUCUCUCACGGCGCUUGGACCAGAUGGAAUAUGGAGUUCAUGGUGUUACGCAUUCUCUGAGGAACAUCGCUACUGGUCUGCAAGACUUGGUACGUUGGGAGAUAGCUCUCAACACCAUGGAGGACUACACCAGAUGUAUCAACACAUUCUACAAUCGCUUCCUAUUUUAUCAGAAGCUCAAAGAUAAGGUAGAGAACCACACACUGCUUGACUUUGCCAACGCCAUCGUGUCCCACGACCCACACUCAGUGACAUCCUCGAUGGUUUACCUACACUCCAUGGCUGCACCAGAAGCCGCACACACAGCCAACUCUCCUCUCUUUACACAUCUCCAGUUGCCAAGCAAAGUGAAUGAUCCCAAGAGCGUGUACAGUGUGUCUGGGAGAGUUACAACCAAGACAGCCUUUUAUAACCUGUUGAAGAGUGUUGUGGAGUGGGAGGACAUGCCAGCAGCCAGGCCUAGCUUGUUCAUCAUGCUCGGUGAUGCUCUUAAAAUGAGUGAUGUGUGUCAGCUGCGUCAGUCAAAACAACAGCUGAUGAAAGCUCUGCACCAGCUGCUGACACUGGCACAAGCUAGGGGCUACAUCAUGCUGGAAUUUGCCUGGAUGUUGCUCAGAGUUCAUGACCAGGGUAACUUCACGGCAGAACAUGAAGUCACUGAGAACCUGUACCUGCAGUACUCUGAUGACAUCAUGAGAGAGGCAAAGAAGGCGAUAACUGAUCAGUCACGGGAAUACUGGAGGUGUGACCCUCGUCAGCACUCCGAGGGAGACACUUACAUCCAACUUACUGAACUUCUCCAGGGUUACAUUGAGAAUGAAGUGGACAUGAACUCCGUGGGUUCCUGCUCGCAGACUUGCGGAUAUUAUCAACAUGCUCAUAGUGAAGGUUGUUACAUGUCAGAAACACAGUACUGUGGCAAGCACCGUCGCUGUCAGGGCACCUUGCACGACUGCCAGUAUAAUUAUGCAGACUCCUUGGUAUGCCUCUCCAGAAAGCCUUACAGACGAUAUGACUCCAUCGUGUAUAAUAAUGGUCUAAGACUAGGGUCUUCUGAAUCUUGUGGCGGGUCUCUCAUGAGGGUAGACUCAUGGUGGAGGUUCCUCUACCACUGCUCUUACUGCUACUGUCUGUGUGAUGAUGGUAACUCUCCCACCAGUAAUCGAUACAUCAGUCUUGUUGCUGCUCUCAGUGACACACGCAGCAAUAUGGUGGUGACAGGUCUGCAGUUCACCAAGCAAAGGAAAGUUAUACACCUACAAGUACAACAAGGCGAAGCAUUGCCACAAGGACACGUCAACAUGUCAACUAUACACUGGGUUGAUGUGGAGCCCAUCAACAUUUUAAGCAUGUCUUACGACGAAGGCAGACACUACAAGAAGUUAUCGUUCGAGGAACGGAGCAUAGACCUGGACCGCCUGGUGGCUCCGGAGAACCAUGUUGUGACUGGUGUUCGCUUCAGGAUGCUGGGUUCCCAUGUCAACCUGGAGGUACAAAUCACCCCAGUAAACUACACGACAGGUAAACUACAGGCGUACAAGAGCUACUGGAUCAGCAACGACAACACACCAGCUAUGUCCAGGAACUCCAGGAAGGAGUUUGUGAUUUAUUCUCCCGAUGACCCGGCUAGAUUCAUCACUCCCUCGCAAAAUUACUCAAGACCUGACACAUUCAUACGUUUUGGUCCCACUGACAGGAGGAAGGACGCAGCCCAGCUCACUGUGCCAUUCCUCGAUGCACAGACUGUUGCUCCAUUUCCUAGUACCUGGUUUUCCGGAGUUGAACUUUACCACAAAGGUCAGCCUGGCUCUGGAGGCUUCCUAGGCCUGAAAGUCAUCACCUACGACGCAUCUCUUCACAUGGAAUUCAUAGACUACGAUACAAUGGCUGUAAAUUUACACAAUUUACCCAACCACUAGAGAACAGCUUUAUUUUUUACAACCUCAUAAAGUAUUAUGUAUAGUAAAACACUACAGUUAAAACUAAUUAAUUGCUAAUACAUGCUUCAGUAUUUUUUGCGCUUGAUAACUGGUGGCUAAAGCUCCCGCUUCACACACGGAGGGCCCGGGUUCGAUUCCCGGCGGGUGGAAACAUUUCGACACGUUUCGUAACACCUAUUGUCCUGUUCACCUAGCAGCAAAUAGGUACCUGGGUGUUAGUCGACUGGUGUGGGUCGCAUCCUGGGGGACAAGAUUGAGGACCUCAAUGGAAAUAAGUUAGACAGUCCUCGAUGACGCACUGACUUUCUUUGGUUAUCCUGGGUGGCUAACCCUCCGGGGUUAAAAAAUCCGAACGAAAUCUUAUCUUAUAUUAUCUUAUCUUACUGUAUUGCGUUACAUAAUACGUAAGUGAUGCUACAGUCUCUGUAGCAUAGCUGGAAAUUACAGUAACGUGUAGAAAUUGUCAUGUGACUCCUGUACUGUUGUUACACAUGUAGGGCCAGGAGCUGAGUCUCGACCCCUGCAACCACAAUUAGGUGAGUACACCUUGCCAGAAUGUCAUAGACAUUCAUAAUUACAUUGUAAUAACGUUGAUACAAUUACCAACAAUAUGUUGGUAAAAACGACACAAGUACAACUAAUGUGAGCGAAACGUUGCCACAGUGACAUGUCACAUUAGUUGCACUUAUGUCCUUUUUACCUAACAUAUUUACAUUGUUGAGAUUAUAUAACAGCUUAAGAAAAAUUAUAUAACUGGCAAGAGUCCCACUCAACUAGCCUAGCUAUUUAUGUACAUAAUUUACAACGUAGUGUAUUUACAACAAAAGUACAGAUCUGUGUUUCACUUUUGUCCACUUAUUAAUACAUAUAUCAUAAUAAAGUACCUAUUGUCCAA